CCAUCAAAAUCAACACUCCAACCACAAAUCCAUGCUGCCACCGGUAUCUCUUCUUGUCCAUCUUCCCAACAAAAACUGAAAGUGUUCCGGUGUUGUGGAUACUAUACUCCUGAAAAGCUGAGAUAGCAUUGGCGAUCAAGACACAUUCUGUUGGUACUCCUUCAGUUUGAAAUUCUGUGGAGUUGUCAAGUUGUCAUUCCAAUGAAUGAAGGUGGAUGCUCCGAGACUAGUAGUAGAGCUGUAGUAGGAUAACCCACCGUAUGCAUAGCUAGCUAGAGGUAGCAGAGUAUCAUUGAGAGAGACAUCGUCCACAACAUCCCAUUGAUACGCCAAUCAUCUAUCUAUCCUCCUACUGUAACUAAGAACGAAAGACCAUGACGAAUCCUUUUGAUUCCUUCAUCUUACUCUUCCUUCUCAUGCUCUUGAGUUGGCUACCCUCCAUCCACUCUCAAGCCAGUGAGGUAGUACUGGACGACACUACCAUUCACGAUGCUGUCAAGCUCUGGCAUGGGAAUCUACGUGAUCAAGCAGUGGUCUUGUCCCUCUAUGGUGGACCCAUUGAAGAGUGGGACACUUCUCGAGUCACCAACUUUGCUGGACUCUUUCGAGGGCAGAGUCGAUUCAAUGCCGAUAUCAGUCAAUGGGAUACCUCCAAAGUCACUUCCAUGAGGGAUUGCUUCAGUGGAUGUUCCAACUACAAUCCCACCGAGCCACUCUUGUGGGACACUUCCAAAGUUACCACCAUGGCUCGGAUGUUUCGAUCUGCUUCCACCUUUGACGGAGACUUGACCAACUUUGAUACAUCCAGUGUUACGGACAUUAGUUUCAUGGCUCAUAGAGCAACAAUGUUCCAAGGACGUGGCUUGGCCAGCUGGGAUACCUCCCGCAUCCAAUUUACAAGUGAUGCCUUUAGUCGAGCCACAAACUUUAAUGAGCCCAUUCAGAGUUGGAAUACUUCCUCCAUUGUUUCCUUUCAAAAUACCUUUCGGCAAGCCGUGUCUUUCAAUCAAGACUUGUCCAGCUGGAAUGUGGCAAGCGUCAUGACCUUUCACAACAUGUUCCAGGGAGCACUCAGUCUACAUCAAACACUGUGUUGGGACACCUUGGUCACGGCACUCCACAAGGAAAUUUCCAUUGAUCGUUCCGCUGCCUUGGAUCCCUUUAUCAGUCCUCUCCACAAUCUACUCUGUGACUCACCGGUACAGCUCGAUCCUUGUUGUGUCGACGCCCAAAUCAUGCAAGAUACGUGUUGCCAACCCAAAGGAUGUAGUAUGGAAUGCAAGGACACUGCAAAUUCCACAGUACCACAAUCCACCCCUCCCACGGUUGCCCCAACGGUGAUGGCGUCUCCUUACCACAACACUACAACCAUCACAACAACAAGCUCUCCUGUGGCUGCUGCGAUAGAUAAUGCAACAGCCACGGACGAUGAUGAUGAUGCCACGCUCGACAACACGGAGCAAGACGAGGAGGAACUCGACGACAUUAAGGAAGGUGACGACGAUGACAGCACUCCAAAAAUCCUUCCCGAGGGGUUCAUGCCUGAGGAGGACGAUAUUCACGAGACGCAACCACACGACAAGAUGACGACGGAGGACACUGCAACCGACAACAGCGGAGCCACUCAAUUGACAACAUCCCGGGCUUCCGAAACAGAGACCAACGACUUGCGCAACAAUGUAUGGAUAUUGACGGGAUCCAUUGUCGGGGGGGUGCUGCUGGUCCUCCUCAUCAUUCUGACUGUAUCCUGGCUGAGACCAUCGUCCUCCAUGCACCCGACACAACAAUUACGACGAAGUUCGGACGACUACGACGAGGAAACUAAUACGCUACAUCUCACGGCUCAUGAUUCGGGAUUGAUGGUGCCCUUGGAAGGACUAGAGGCUCUCAUGGACGACACGCAAAACUUCACCACCGUACAUGAUUCGGGGGUGGUGGCGCCCUUGGAAGGAUUCGAUGCUCUCGUGGACACGUCACAUCUCACCGCUGAUGAUUCAGGACACUUGGAUCCCUUGGAAGGACAAGAAGCCCUGGUGGAUUGGUCGAACGCAAAUGACAGCUAUUGAUUUUUUGCUUUUGGAGAAGGACAGCAUCAUUGUGUCAUUUUUCUUGGGAGCCGGUAUAGGAAAUGAAACGGUUGAAAUAAUGGAAGGGGACCCGGGAGGGAAACCACAGGGCUGUCGAUACAAUGUUCACAGAAUAACUCAUAUCAAGCUAAACAAGCGCUAUGCAUUACUGUUCCAU